GAUCAAAGUGGAAGCCAUCGAAACCACAGUUGCUUGUUCUGCAAUGGCUUUGCUGAAAGAGGAAGAAUCAAAGGAACAAAGCCGAUCUCCUAAAAGCUCAUGGGCUAAGUGGAAACGAAGAGGUAUAAUAGGUGUGGCGGCGGUAACUGGAGGAACCUUGUUGGCAGUUACUGGUGGUUUGGCUGCUCCGGCAAUAGCUGCAGGCUUUGGUGCUUUAGCCCCUACCUUGGGAGCCCUUGUUCCUGUGAUUGGAGCAAGUGGGUUUGCUGCUGUUGCUAGUGCUGCAGGAAGUGUUGCCGGGUCUGUUGCAGUAGCAGCAUCAUUCGGGGCUGCUGGAGCUGGACUUACAGGAAGUAAAAUGGCCAGGAGAACUGGAGAUGUUGAUGAAUUUGAGUUCAAGGCUAUAGGAGAAAACCAUAACCAGGGUCGGCUGGCAGUUGAGAUUUUGAUCUCAGGACUUGUUUUUAAGGAGGAAGAUUUUGUAAGACCUUGGGAAGGACAAUAUGAUAACACUGAGAGAUACGUGCUGCAGUGGGAGUCGAAGAAUCUUAUUGCUGUAAGCACUGCAAUUCAGGAUUGGUUGACGUCAAGACUUGCAAUGGAGUUGAUGAAGCGUGGUGCUAUGAUGACCGUUUUAAAAACUCUUUUGGCAGCAUUCGCAUUGCCAGCAACAUUGCUUGCUAUGACUGAUUUUAUUGACAGCAAAUGGACUAUUGCCGUGGACAGAUCGGACAAGGCAGGAAAACUUCUGGCAGAAGUGUUACAGAAAGGAUUACAAGGACAUAGACCUGUGACACUCGUAGGGUUUUCACUUGGGGCAAGAGUUAUCUUUAAAUGUCUCCAGAUUCUGGCUGAGAGCGAGAGUAAUUCUGGACUUGUGGAAAGAGUUGUUCUUCUUGGGGCACCCAUUGCAAUUAAGGAUAUGAACUGGGAAGCAGCUAGAAAGGUAGUGGCUGGUCGAUUUGUGAACGCUUACUCUACAAAUGAUUGGAUGCUAGGGAUUGCCUUCCGUGCCAGUCUCCUUACUCGAGGUUUGGCUGGAAUUCAACCAGUUGAUGUUCCUGGUAUUGAGAAUGUUGAUGUGACUGAACUCAUCGAUGGUCAUUCCUCCUAUUUAUGGGCUACCCAAAAGAUUUUAGAUCUACUUGAGCUUGAUGCCUAUUAUCCGGUAGUUCUCGGUCGCGUCGCGCUGUAAAGACGGACGUUGCAACUUGCAACAUAUUUUCUUCCUUAGAUGAUAAAUGCAUUUUAGGGGAUUGUAUCUGUUACAGGAAGUGCAUAGUUAGCCUGGUCAUUCUAUGACCACGGGUAUACCACAUAUAAAUUUCUGAAUAUGAAUGAUAUAGCGAGAAUCUGAAAUCACGACUGAAGCAGGUGAUUUAAAGUUCUGUUUUUCGCGCGACUCA